UCUCAUCACUUCCGUUUCGUUCCGCUCCGUUCCGCCUUACACACACACACACUCACUUAUACACACAUACACAUCCUCGAGCAGUCCAAUCUGGCAGUGGAUUAUUUAUCCGCACUCAGGAUGAACGCCGACGUCUGCGUGGUGGUCACCGUUCCCACCGCCGCGGAGGAGCUGCGCUCCAGGGAGCGCUCCCCCCACUCCCUUCGCUCUCCCCACUUGCACCACUCCUGUCACUCCCUCCACACUCCCCACUCUCCCCGCUGCUCCAACUGCGGAUCGUCCCCGAAGAGAGGGGACCACUGCGAGCGCUGCUGGCGCCUGAGCCAGAUAGCAGGCAACUCUCCGCCAGCAGCAGGAAGCAGGAGGAGCGGGAUGAGCGGGAGGAGCGGGAGGAACCCAGCGGAGGAGGCCACGCUGGAGCGGCUGCUGCGUUCCCUCGCCGGGGAGCUGCGCCUGGAGGAGGCGGUCUUCUGGACGCAGGACGUCGCGGGCAGGCGGCUGCAGGCGCGCUUCCACCUCCAGAAGGACGAGCGGUUCGAGCGGCUGCUCCGCGCUCUGCGGGAUUGGGGCGUGGGCGAGCGGAGUGGCACUCACUUCGAGGCACUCGCCUGCUUGGAAACAAGGGCCAGAACGAGUCCAGGGAGCCCCCUUCCCCACCAGGAGCAGGACCGCGAGCAGGAGGAGCACGAGCAGGAGGAGCUGGGCGGCCUGGGGUGGCAGAGCUUCGUGGACUCCGUGCGAUGCCGCUUGAAUGUGAACCAGGUGGUGCGGCAGGUGCGCAGGGACGCCGCUCUGACCUUCGACUCGGUGGUGCUGCUGGCGGCAGCCGCCCUUCUCUCGUGUGUGGGCCUCGCGGAGAACAGCUUCCUGUUCCUGUCCAGCUCCAUGCUGAUCUCCCCGCUGAUGGGACCCGUGGUGGCGGCCACCUUCGGCUCGGUGAUCGGCGACCGGGAGCUGCGCUGGCUGGGAUUGCGGAACGAGCUGCUGGGCAUCGCCGUUUCGGCGGCCACCGGCUUCUCCUUCGGAGCGCUCCUCUGCGUCUGCGGCUUGGGCCGCUUCUUCGCCAUCUCCUCCGGACUCACCGAGGAGAUCCUCUCGCGCUGCGACCUCCACUCCCUCGCUCUCGGGGUGUGCACCGCCUUGGCUUCUGGAGCAGCGGGCGCCAUCGCGGUGCUGGGCGGGAACGCGGGUUCGCUGGUGGGCGUGGCCAUCUCCGCCUCGCUCCUGCCGCCGGCGGUGAACGCGGGGAUGCUCUGGGCACUGGCCGUGGGAGCCCAGCUGCUGCCGGAGGAGCACCCGCUGCUGGCGAGCCUGCGGAGGCGCCGCUCCUACUCCGCGCAACUCUCCGUGGAGCUGGUCGCCUGCGCGGCGGUCAGCAUGGCGCUGACCCUGCUGAACGUGGUCUGCGUUUGGCUGCGGGGGGUGCUGGUGCUGCGGGUGAAGGAGGUGGCUCCGGCGGUGCGGCGACACCAGCAGUUCUGGCGCCACGAUGUGCGCACCGCCCGCCAGGUGGCGCACUUGGACCCCGCCCUGCAGAGCGCCAUCGAUCGGCUGGACGAGGCGCAGCUGGACGUGGAGGCGCCGCACUACCAGCGCACCUGGUCGCCGGAAACGGGUAACCACCAGGGAUCCGGGGGGUCCAAGGAGCGGCCGGACAACUACCACACGGUCCACGGGUUCCGGGAGUUCUGCAUUACGCUCCACCGACUGAAAGCCACUCCCCGGGGAGUCCAGCCGCCCAGUGUGAUGGAGCUGUUCGACUUGGGCUCCACCCCCGGAGGAGGGGGAGCGAGUCCUGGGGGGAUCGCCACCUGCGGAGUGUCCACUGGCCGAGGGAGGAGGGAAAAGCGGAGGAGGAGAAGCUCCUUCUGGAGGGAAGUCCUCCUGCGAGCAGCUCGUUCCUUCCAGGAAGGGAGGAGAGUGCCCCCGUCGAUCGACCGCUGAGGGUGCUGGCCCGCGGGAGGUCAGGGGUCACGCAGGAGGAGGGGGCGGAGGAACCGGAGGGGGAGGAGCAGGAGGAGUUCCAGGCUUAGCAGCGUGGAGAGCAGCGCAAACAGGACGGCAGCCUUCGGGGCUUCGAGUCCAGCUCUGAUUGCUCGCUCCUCGCCGAUGUCCUUGUUUGCCAACCACUCCAUGCCGCCAGCACUGGCGGUCGCCAAACGGGAAAAGUACAUACCGGGGACUACAUGGAUGGAAGUGGAAACUGCUGAAAAUUGAGGAAAACACCAGCGAGUAUAAACUUUAAAGGCGAGCUAAAUCCAGUGGGAAAUCCGGUGGUUCGCGGUCCCAGUUAACCACGUAUUUAAAUGGCCCUCAGGAAGAGGUCCUUAAUUUAAAGGACGGGAGCACUUUUAUUGAUCGGAUGCAAGCUAAAUUAAGAGCCCCUUUAAGCCAAGUGAAAUUGCCAACUUGCAUAGUUACUUUGUACUUUAAGAGGAAAACAUAAACAUGUAUACUGUUUUAAUCCUGAACAACUA